GCUCUUCUAAUCACUCUCCGGCAUUUCUCUUCCUGGCUGAACCAAGUGCAGCUCCAUUUCAGAAAGAUGUCCUUCAACCGCCAGCUGCUCAGCUCCCGCUGCUACAACCCCUGUGAGGUGACCUGCCCUCAGCCAUACGCCAAUGCCUGGAACGAGCCCUGCGUCACGUCCUGUGGUGACUCCAGAGCCGUGGUCUACCCACCCCCAGUGGUCGUCACCUUCCCAGGACCCAUCCUCAGCUCCUGCCCCCAGGAGAGCUACGUGGGCACCGCGGAGCCUCUCCAGAUCGGCAGCUCCUUUGUCUCCAGGGGCUCUGUUGGGUCCGGGAGCUCCUUAGGAUGUCUGUCCCCUUACUAUUCCCAGCGGUACAAUAAGUACCGCUAUGGCAACUGCGGGUCCUGUUAAACCCAGCAGGAAAACCCACAGCACAGGGAACUACACGGACUGGAAAUCAAGACCACCAUGAAUGCAUCGAGGGGCAUGGCUUUUGGAAAAUCUGAGCACCAAUGGUCCAGCUGAAAUCAGGGUGCUCUGAGCUCUCUGCAGCUCGGAGAGUUUUGGAGCAGAUGUUGGCUAAAGCCCUUCCCAAAACUUUCUCUGCAUGAUUAUGUCCUGUUACCGCCACCUCUUAUUCCCAUUAAAGAUUGUGCUG